UUUGACAAGAGUCUGCUCUGCAAAACGUUAUUUUUAUAAGUGAAAUCUGCGUUGUCAGCAAAUAUUUCAUUUACAUAACACAAGAUUUUUGGAAUGACAUAAACAACAAAAAUCCUAAAUUCAUAGCACAUAAAUGCAGUAUUUUAUGUAAAACUAGUAUCUUUACUUUAUCUAUUAGCUAUCAGUUAUGAUAGGAAUUCUUCGAGGUAUUCAGCAUGGUCGAACUCUUAGUCAUUGGGUUCAUCAACUGAAAAUCAACUCAUGCAAAUUUUCCACAAAAUAUUUAUACAGCUCAGAACUACCUAGUGGUUUUGGAAAGUUUUUCCCAAAAGGUGCUCAGAAGAAAGCUGUUCCUCCAAAGAAGCCAUCAACUUCAAAUCCAUCUGGAUUUGGGUUUUCUUCUGGGGGUAGUAACAAUAAUGGAGGACCAGAAUGGUGGAAAGAUUUGAUGAAGCAUCAGCAAAAUAUUCUUUUAUUUGGUGGCGCUUGCUUUUUUGCUGCAUACAUGUACUUUCAAAGUGUACCAAUGACAAAAGAAAUUAAUUGGCAAGAAUUUCGCACAAGUUACUUAAGUAAGGGAGAAGUAGACCGUGUGGUUAUUGUUGAUCGCAAUACUGCAAAUGUUUUUCUUAAAAGUGAGCCACAAAAAAGUCAUCUUUAUUUUACUAUUGGAGCUGUUGAUAGCUUUGAACGCAAUAUGGAGGUUAGCCAAAGUGAACUUGGUAUUGACCCAGCACAUUUUGUUCCUGUUAUUUAUCAAAAGCAAUCACCUUUUGAAAUGGCAGACAUUAUUAGAAAUGCUCCAGCAUUAUUGCUUCUUGGAUUUUUGAUAUUUUCAAGUAGGAAAUUGUUUGGUAUGGGUGGAGCAAACAAAGGAAGUGGUCCUGGAGGUAUCUUUGGUGUAGGCAAGUCAACAGCAAAAUUUUUCAACAAAGAAACUGCAAUUAAAACUAAAUUUAAAGAUGUUGCUGGUUGUGAAGAAGCUAAAGUUGAAAUUAUGGAAUUUGUUAAUUUUUUAAAGCAUCCUGAUAAGUAUUUGGAUCUUGGUGCAAAGAUUCCAAAGGGUGCUAUUUUGUCUGGUCCUCCAGGAACUGGAAAAACUUUACUAGCAAAAGCUACAGCUGGUGAAGCUGGAGUACCUUUUUUAUCAGUAUCUGGAUCAGAAUUUCUUGAGAUGUUUGUUGGUGUUGGUCCAGCUAGAGUUCGUGAUUUGUUUGCACAAGCACGCAAAAAUGCACCCUGUAUUAUUUUUAUUGAUGAAAUUGAUGCAGUAGGUCGUGCUCGGGGCCGUAGUGGUGGUUUUGGUGGCCAUGAUGAACGAGAAAAUACACUAAAUCAACUACUAGUGGAGAUGGAUGGUUUUACUUCAACCACAAAUGUUAUUGUUCUGGCCGGAACCAAUAGGCCAGAUGUUCUUGACCCAGCACUAAUGCGACCUGGGCGCUUUGAUAGGCAAAUCUAUUUGGCUCCGCCUGAUAUUAAAGGAAGAGUUUCAAUUUUUAAAGUGCAUAUUCGACCUCUAAAGACGGAUUUAGAACCAAAUGAGCUAGCAAGAAAAAUGGCUGCACUAACUCCAGGAUUUACUGGUGCUGAUAUUGCAAAUGUGUGUAAUGAAGCAGCUCUGAUAGCUGCAAGAUCCUUAUCCAAAACAAUUGAUCUAAAGCACUUUGAAGCAGCCAUUGAAAGAGUCAUUGGUGGGCUUGAGAAAAAGUCACAAGUGUUACAACCUGAUGAAAAGAAGACAGUGGCUUAUCAUGAAGCUGGACAUGCAGUUGCUGGAUGGUUUCUUGAAAAUGCAGAUCCCUUGCUUAAAGUUUCUAUAAUACCACGUGGUAAAGGUCUUGGUUAUGCUCAAUAUUUACCAAAAGAACAAUAUCUUUACUCAAAAGAGCAGUUGUUUGAUCGAAUGUGUAUGACAAUUGGUGGUAGAGUUUCUGAAGAAAUUUUUUUUGGUAGGAUUACAACAGGUGCUCAGGAUGAUUUGAAUAAAAUAACUCAAAGUGCAUAUGCACAGGUUGUUACAUUUGGUAUGAAUGAAAAGGUGGGAAAUGUAUCUUUUCAAUUACCUCGUGAAGGAGAACAAACUCUCGAUAAACCAUACAGUGAAGCAACUGCUCAAAUGAUUGAUGAAGAAGUGCGAGAGUUGAUUGAUCGAGCACAUACUAGAACUUAUGAGUUACUCUUAAAACAUAAAGCAGAUAUUGAAAAGGUGGCAUUGCGUUUGCUAGAACAAGAAGUUUUAAAGCGACAAGACAUGAUCGAGCUACUUGGUCCAAGACCUUUUAAAGAAAUAUCAACUUAUGAAGAAUUCGUUGCAGGAACAGGCGGUGAAGAAGAGGAUACUACACUACCAGAAGGUCUUAAAGAACUAGAAAAUGAAAUUAAAGAAAACGAUGAAAAUGAAAAACCUCUUCCUGUCAACUAAAAAAUCAUUAGAUUCGUAUCAUUCCUAAUGUCAAUGUGUUUUUAGGGUAAUUCUAGAUAACUAACAGAAUUUUUUCGGCUGGUGAAAGAGACUAUAGUACUGAUUUAAUACAUUAUAGAAAUUUAAAACUUUUAGACUUAAGAAUACUUCUUAAGACAAAAGAUUUGAUUUUCAUUCUAACGUAAUUGUAUAUUUAACGUAAUAUGUAUUUUAGCAUAUUUAUAAAAAAAUAAUUUACUUUUAGACCCUAAACGUAGGCUUUUUUUUAUAAAUUACGGACAAUGUAUUAAUGCGAGUAACGUUGAAAGUAUCGUUUAACUAGCUUGUACGAAAAGAAAAUGCUUUUUUUAUAUAUAAACUAAAAAUAUAUAUAAUUUCGGUUUUUCAAAAAGCGUAACUUAGAUAUUCUUGUUAAAAAGUUUGAGGUGUAUCUUUCUGUUGUAACAUAUCUCCGAGCUAAAUGGAGUGUUAGUGGAAAAACAUUCACCUUUUUUAUGAAAUAAAUAUUUUGAAGUGCAA